UCCAAGGUUCCUGCGCUAGUAAUCCCUGCAAAAAAGUUUAGACGACUUGCUGCCUCUAAAUCUUUCUAUUCUCUACUCAACUUUUCGAAGUUAUUCAAGUUAUUCAAGUUAUAUUCUAGUUAUUCUUAACAGAGCUCAUCAUUGAGAGCUGAUACCAUAAUUGUCGAUAACCAAGGAAUCUAUAGCUUACUGACACAACUGUAAUUGCCUUCUAUUAAAAUGUUUGCGGUGCCAGGUUGGUCCGUAUCUGCGGACGGUCUCAAAUCCGAGACUACCAUAGCGGCUCCAAAAGCGGCUCAAGAUGAAUCUCAGCAGGCAAACAAGCGCAAGAGGCCUUCAUCCACACCAGGAAAUGUCAACUCGUCCAAUGUCGCAGAUCUCUGGGAACGGGUCAUCGAGGGAAGGUCGGGGAAGAAGGCCAAACCUGAUAAUGACCAGAGUGGUGAAACCCCAGAAGGGAAGCCCAGAUAUGGCAAGAAGAUGACUUUAAAAGAGAAGAAGAAACUGAAGAAGUUAAGGGAGAAGGAAGCGAGCCAAAAUGGCGUGGAAGGCGCUGGGCCGGUUACUGGAAAUGACAACAAGCCAACUUUGGAGUCACCUGGUCCUACAUUAGGCAAGGAGGCAAAGAAGGACAAGAAAAGCAAAUCCAAAGACGAAAAGGAAAAAGACAACAGCAAAGUCUCUGCUCCCGCUGCCGCCGUCGCAGCAGCACCAAAACUAACGCCCAUGCAAGCCGCGAUGAGGGAAAAGCUAGUGUCCGCGCGGUUCCGCCACCUCAACGAAACGCUGUACACCAAACCCUCAGCCGACGCGUUCCAGCUGUUCCAAGACUCGCCCGAGAUGUUCCAGGAGUACCACGAGGGCUUCCGGCGCCAGGUCGACGUUUGGCCCGAGAACCCGGUCGAGGGGUACAUCAAGGACAUCAAGCUGCGGGGGCGGCAGAAGCCUGCCCAGCGCUCCAGGCACGGACACUCUGCCACUCCCGCGCCCAGCCCCUCCGGCGUGGCAGCCCUGCCGCGCACCAACGGCCUGUGCACGAUUGCGGAUCUGGGCUGCGGAGAUGCCAAGCUCGCCGAGGCUCUGCAGCCCGAGAAGAAGAAGCUGCGACUCGAUAUCCUCAGCUACGACCUGCAGAGCCCGAGCCCGCUGGUCACACGCGCUGAUAUCGCAAACCUGCCGCUUGCUGACGGUGCCGCCGACGUCGUUAUCUUCUGCCUGGCGCUCAUGGGCACCAACUGGCUCGACUUCGUUGAGGAAGCCUAUCGCAUCCUGCACUGGAAGGGCGAGCUAUGGGUCGCGGAAAUCAAGAGCCGGUUCGGGCUCGUGGGUAAGGGCAAGGGCAAGAACGGGGCGCCGGUUGCCCAUAGCGUGGGAAAUAGGAGAAAGACCCAGGGGAAGAAGGGAAAGGGACGGGAUGCGGAGGGGCCCGAGGGAGAAGAGGACGAGACGGCGCUGGCUGUCGAGGUGGAUGGCGCGGAUGACAAGCGCGAAGAAACUGACGUUUCCGCGUUCGUCGAGGCACUGCGGAAGAGGGGGUUCAUUCUACAGGGCGCAGCCGACCUAAGGAAUAAGAUGUUCGUCAAGAUGCACUUCAUUAAGGCAGCAUCGCCGACCGUUGGCAAGGGCGCUGUUGCUUCGAAAGAACCUACACGCGGCUCUGGGCCCAAAAAGGGCGGCGUCAAGUUCAUCGACAACACAGAGGGGGACCAAGCCGCAGUGGAUGAGAGCUCUAUUUUAAAGCCCUGCGUCUAUAAGCUGCGGUAAAAGGGGCGAGCUAUCUAUUACCCGUGCACGUGCCAUCCAUUACCUACGCACAUCAGGCAGAACUGUAACUUUCUAAUCCACAAUAGACCUUGAUUCGAAGUGCGCCCUAUUAAUUUGCUCCAACGUUGGCAAAAAACACAUGACGUGCUCGACGAAUCUCUCUAAUGUCUUCGGGCUGCGUGCACGUAAGAAUUCCUAUUACCAAUGUCCCAUGCUGCGCCUUCUACCUGCUAUAUCGAAUGGUUGUCAGACUCCAUGCUUAAAACCUGCCCCGUUGUCACGCUAUGCUAUUGCUGCUGCUAUUGUUACCGCUGCGUUCUUCGAUUAUGGUUCAUUAAUUGUUGAAGAGGAGGGACGCGGCAAAUUCGACGUUGCCACCGGUAGCUUCCAAAGCAUUAAUCGCAGCCUGCCUAUCCCAACCAAGCGCUACUAGUGUGUUGAUGUCGUUUUCGGGGAACGUUCUUUGAGGCUGGACCUGAGGCUGAACUGGUGG